UCUAUCUACACGCACGCUACGACUGCUGACUCGGCUGUGGCGCUUGUUUGGGGAGAGUAGAGGAGGAGGAUUUUGCGGUCAGAUCGACCGGCUGCAUCUCUCAUAUUUGACCAUCACGUUUGGUGGACCGCCUACCCAUCUCUGGCAAGAGGUCAUCUUGUGCGAAACUGUUCCUGCAAAUAAUUUCUGAGAUCUUUGCCUGUUGAUGCCCAUCGUUAACAUUGACUCAAACACACCACGUCUUCGCUGUCCAGUCGAUGUGUGCUGGCCUUAGUGCUAUUCACCAUCUCACUCCUACUGUUGGCCCGCUGCUUCAGUAGCAGCAGCCAUCGAUUGUUUAUGUGUGGGAAUUCUGCAUCCAGCAUGGUCAAUCCUGUUGUUAUGCCGCCAAGGGGGCAACAUACUGCAUCUCUUAUAUUUCUACAUGGGCUUGGGGAUACUGGUCAUGGAUGGGCCUCAGUGCUGGACGAAUCCAGAAAAAACGCUGAUCAUGUGAAGAUAAUUUGUCCAACGGCACCUGUUAUACCGGUGACGUUGAACAUGAUCGACAUGCCUGCCUGGUUUGACAUUGCAAGCUUGUCUUUCAACGAAAAUCAAGAUGAAGCUAAAAUUAAAGAAUCCAGUAAGAUGUUAAAUGAGUUAAUCGACGAGGAAGAGAAACUUGGCAUUCCAAGCAAUCGCAUCAUGAUCGGUGGAUUCUCACAAGGGGGCGCUGUUGCACUGUACACCGCACUCACAAGAAAUCGACAACUUGGCGGUCUUGUUGCACUCAGUACAUGGCUGCCUUUACAUACAACGUUUCCCCAGGCUUUUGUUGGUCCUAAGAGAGACUACCCAGUGUUACAAUGUCACGGUGAUUCCGAUAACAUGGUCAAUCUACAGUUUGGAGCCAUGACUAGCGCCCUCAUUAAAGGUUUCUGUAAUGAUUACAGAUUCAAGAAGUACGAUGGUCUGGGACACAGCAGUAGCAUUCAAGAAUUGAACGAUGUCAAUGAAUUUAUUGCCAAAGCACUGCCUGGAAACUCCUCCAAGAAUUAAUGUCUCUCCACCAACGAGAUAGACUGCAAUCCUGGCAAUACAUGUACAUAAUCUGGAAGAAGCGCUCCUUCUGGGUCGAAUAAGAGGCACUUUUUAAUUAACUUAUAAUUAAGUUCAGGGUUAAAUUGAGCCAGUUAUAGUAUUUUUUACUGAUAUUUACUUGUUUAAAUUACUGUCCUAAUCCUGAACUGGGCCCAAUUUCAUGUCUCUGCUUACUGUAAGCACAGAGUCAACGCUUACGGAAGCCGGGAGUUAUGUGCUUACGGCAAGCGAGUCUCACGGGUUAGUGGUGAUGUUUGUACUCCGCGUAACUAGGCAUUCUACGCUUACGAGGCUAGCCCAGAAAUUCGUCGCUUGCACGUAAGCGGGGAAUCGUGAUCGGAAGCGCAGAAUUUGGCAGUAAGCAGAGCCAUGAAAUGUGGCCCUGGUCAGGAAGUAGCAUGUGAAACUUUUCUGUCGAUCAACCUGUUUGAAUUAGGGUUGUGCCUUCUAGCCGUGAAUGGGAGUUGUAAUACAAAGGAAACCUUAAUACAAAGGAAACCUUUUGUUCAAGAGCCAUUCAGCCAUGGUAUAUCAGAAGAAUUUACUCCAAAGCAUUAAGUGAAUACUUUGCAGUAAAAGAAUAGGUUUAUUCAUACGGAACUCAGAAGAUACUUUUACUGAAUGCUUCUGCUUGGAAGUUUAUGCUUUUACUUUUUGCUAGUACUUGUCAGUAAAUACUACUUUGUAUUCAUACGACCCAUUGAUCUUGCAUUGAUAUUUUUGUUUUAAUCUGACUUCAAGCUGCCUACAAGACCUUGUAUGACUUUGGAAGUUGUUCAAGCUGUUCGUAAUUCUACAGUUCAAUCAACAAACAAAACAAAAGAUUGGAGGGCUGUUUGCUCACAAAUCUAGCUGACAAUCACAAAUCUAGCCGACAAUCUCAAAAAGGCAAAAUGUACCUUUGGUUUGUGGAAUCGUUCGGUUGUUGUAGGCUAACCCCGUAAAAAAUAUAUACAAUAAGACUAAUCUGUGAGAAUAUCUGUUAAAAGGUGGUAUGUGUAUUGAGAUUUUGAUGAACACUGGAACAGAUGUCUACGCAGGAACACACAAUCUGAGAAACAUUUCUACGAUUGACAAAUGUUUUGUUUGGGGGGCCUUCACAUUCUUUUUUCCUGCGUCUGUUAUUGUACAUGUUUGGAUGGUUGGAAUGGGAAUUUCCUGUAUAAUUACUGAGGUUUUUUCUUGUUCACCUUUUUUUUUAUACUGUUCUGUUUUUUUAUAACUGCUAAUCUUUGACUAAUUGAUAUGUAACCGCUUUAUUUUAUUGUAGCUGUAAUUUAAACUGAGAUUUCUUAAAGUUUGGUUUGUUUAUUUAGUUUGUUUAAUAUUAAUUCUCCCAUUGCAUCAUGAAAUUAAUCUGUGUAGAAAAAUGACGGUCUUUAAUUCGCAUGAGUAAACAGUGAGGAUUUUGCCAUAGCACUCGGCAUUAAUGCUAAAAAAUACCAUUACUACUGGUCAACUUAAUCUAUGAUUUUUUGAAAUGUUUCAUCACUUCAAUCCUAUAAAAAUGUAUAUGUAUGGUACAAUAAAACUAACAUGUGAAAAUUUCAUUUCAAAGCUUUCACGCUUGAAAUUGCCAAAAUCUUACUUUCACUUGGGGGAGGGCAUGGACAUCCAUGGGGAAGGGUAAUAAUUUGAGGUGAGGGGGUAUUUAGUAUACUACUAAGCAGUCAUCUGUGCAUUAUCAUGCUUCUUUUAUGUUAUUUUGAUAAAUUAAUAUCUUAUUGUGUAUAUAACUCGACCAUGAUCUGCUGAGAAUAUGGAAAUAAUGUCCCAAAAAUUCUUCCCGCCAUUCUACGGAAGAUUCACAAGAGGGCGCUAUCACAAUCAAGAGAAAGAUUUUGUCCAGUUCGCCGUCCGUAUUUGGGGAGGUGGGCAGAAUUUCUGCACUGACCGGUCCGCCUUGGCAGCCUAUUAGCUGCGGAGGAUUUGUUUGAUAUUUUCUGUAUUGAAUCAUAAUUUAUACAUUAGUCUUUGGUAUGGUAAUGGUGACGAGAGACGAUAAGAUUUAUAAUAAGUUUCUGUCAGACCAAUGAGUCAACGAAGUAUUGAACUUGGUGACAUAUUAUUUUUCAUGCAAAACAUAUGGCCCACGAACAGUGUUAUUGUUCAAAACCUUUUGUUAUUGCGAUUAGCAAGUCAUUAUUGAACUCAAGUCAAACGAGCCCUUCAUUACGAAAGGCCGAAAGAAUAAUACGUAACAACUUGAAAGUAAAUCUUGAGUGAUAAUAAAUAAAUCUUGCGUUAAAAACUUCGGCUAUAAAGAAUUAUUUUGUAAUGAAUUAAAAAAGUGUGUCGAUGUGAACUUUUAA